AAGUACUCAAUAUUCUUCCAAGAUGCCUAGGAAUAGAGGAUAUUUCCAUGUGAUGGUACCAUUGGUUGCCUUCUUUCUAUCCUAUGUUCCAGUCAUUCAAGCAGGAUACGGGGCUCAGUCAUGCUGUCUUACUCUUGCACAAAACCUGGUAGGUUCUGUGUUUUUCGAGGGCCAGAAACAGUACGCAGAUUCGCUGGGCAGCUAUUAUUCUGGUCAAGAGAGUGACCUUUCGCCAUCAUGCAUUGUAAGACCAAUCAAUGCAGCGCAAGUAUCCACGGCAGUCAAGAUUUUAUCCACCGCGCACAUCGCUAAGCCUGGUUCGUGUAACUUUGCUGUCAGAGGUGGCGGACACACACCCUACGCUGGUAGUGCAAAUGUUGAAUCUGGAGUUACCUUAGAUUUGGGAAGAAUGAAGAGUAUCAAGGUCAAUAAAUCUCGGGGCACCGUGUCCCUUGAGCCUGGUCUACUGUGGGGAGAGGUUUAUUCAAAGCUUGACCCCAUGCAUAUCAGCGUGGUUGGUGGUCGAUCAAAUCUAGUCGGCGUUGCUGGAUUGGCAACAGGCGGUGGAAUAUCUUUCUUUUCUGGUCGAUACGGCCUCGUUUGCGACAACAUACUUAAUUACGAAGUUGUUCUUGCGGAUGGAAGAAUCAUCAAUGCUAACGAGAGGGAACAUGUGGACUUGCGCAAUGCUCUUCGUGGCGGGUCAAAUAACUUCGGCAUCGUCACCAAGUUUGAGCUUUCAUCGUUUCAACAAGGCAAUCUCUGGGGUGGUGACAUUACACACGACUUCAACACGCUGCCAGAGCAGCUGCAAGCCUUCGUGGAUUACGGCGGUAAUUCUGACUUUGACGAAUACUCAGCAUUCUUCCAAGUCUUCGGCACUGUAGGCGGGCUCUAUUUCAUCACCAAUAAUCCCGUUUACACCAAGCCCACGCCGUACCCGCCCAUAUUCAAGAAGUUUUAUGAAAUCAGCCCGCAACUCAGCAAUACAGCAAGGAUUGCGCCGUUGCAUAAUCUAACCACCAUUACUGGUUCUGUUGCGGCGAUGGGUCUCCGUAAUAUGUUCAUCACUACAUCAUUCGACAAUGACUUGCCUUUUUUGCACUGGGUCGUCCAGACUUGGAAAACUUUCUCUGCGGAACUGGCAAUGGUCCCGGGACUUGUCAACACCAUCCUAAAUCAGCACCUUGUCCCAAAGACCCUACGGAAAGCUGAAGCGCGUGGUGGAAAUUCUUUAGGUCUUGAUCCCAAUAGAGUCGUUGUCAUAGCCAUGUUAAGUUUAACGUGGACAGAAGCUGCCGAUGACGAAAAGGUAAGACUGGCGGCGAUCGCUUUUAUCAAAUCUGUCGAAGCCGAAGCCAAGAAGAGAAGGGUGUACAACAGGUUCAUCUACCUGAAUUAUGCAGAUCUAGGCCAGGAGGUGAUCGAAGGAUACGGGAAAUCGCAAAAGAACAGGCUCAGGGCAGUGAGUAAAAAAUACGACCCUGCAGGCGUUUUCCAAGUCGCGGUCCCUGGUGGUUUCAAGCUAUGGCCUUGA